CUGUGUUUUGGAAUGUAGUGUUUUUACUGCGGAGGCGAUUUUUUCCAGCGUUUUCCUCGUCAAAUGAGCGGAAAUCAAGUGUAUUGUCGUCUUUGCUUGCGCUCGGAUGGAUUCCUCGUGUCCAUUUUCGAGGACAAGAGCGAAAGGAUCGAGCAACUUAUCGAGGAAGUUACGACGGUCGUGAUCAGGGAGGAUGAAGCUGACUUCCCGCCCACGAUUUGUACUGGAUGCUUGCGCUACGUUGAGUCAAUCAAGACGUUCAAGAGUCAGUGCGUGAAGAAUGACGAACUCAUCCGGAAGGGAAUGUUUGGUCAGGCGGUGAAGGCGGAAUUCGAUGAGUAUCACGAUGUGGCUGCUGAUGUGACGUUCUCAAGCAGUUCGCCAGCAGCCGAAGAGUGUGCUGGACUGGAGGAGGAUGUGAAGGAGGAGCAGGCGGAGUCGGCCGAGAGUGUUGAAGAGGAGGAAGAGGACUUUGUGGACGAAGACUUUCCUGAGGAGACGUACGAGGUGAAGCCCAAGAAGAAGCGGAAACCGUACAAGAAGCGCGCCAAGAAGGUGAAGCACGAGGCGGAGGCGAACAGCGGGGAGCUGAAGGCGAAGAAGAAGCAGCAGAACAGGACGCUGAAAGUGUGCUACAUCUGCGGCAAGACCACCACGAACCAGACACUGCAUCUUAUCCGGCACUCCGAUCUCACGCCCUACAAGUGCGACUACCCGGAGUGCACCAAGGCGUACAAGACGUACCUGGGGCUGCGCUAUCACAAGUACACUCACACGGACUACCGGCCGCACGUGUGCGAGAUCUGCGGACGCGGCUUCGCGCGGCGGAGCAAGAUGGUCGUGCACAUGCUGGUGCACACGAACGAGCGCAACUUCCCGUGCGAGCUGUGCGGCAAGGCGUUCAAGCAGAGGUACAACUUGAUCGCCCACCGACGCACGCACACGGACGACCGCAAGGAGAAGUGCCUGGAGUGUGGCAAGUGCUUCCUCACGCGCCACGAGCUGGGCAAGCACGCGCGCAUCCACCGGAACGACGAGCACCCGUACAAGUGCUCCAUCUGCACGUACAGCACGCUGUACAAGGCCAGCCUCAACAGUCACAUGAACAAAGUGCAUGGGCUGAAUCACUAAGGGCGUGACCCACUCGACGCCCGCGGACAAUGGGAGAAAAUGAGAGUGUUGCGUGUCGGAUGCACGCUCACCAGCCAGGCUGAUGACCUCGCGAUGCCCAGUGAGCCUGUGUGGCUCUUUUGUCCCCGGCCAGGAGAGAAUCCGCCGCUCCGCUGGACACACAGAUUUCCCAUUCGGCCUUUUGUCUGCAGCUCAACAAUGAGAGCAGUCAGUUCUGGCCCAGCUCUCGAUCCGUGCGCAACACUUCCACGUCUCGUCAUGGUUCUUGUGCAAUCCUCCAAUCUCUAGUAUCUGUGCUAACUCUAGAAAGUCUAUCUGUGUCCUCUGUUCGUGCUGUCCGUGGCUGAGACACUGUCCUAGAGAUGAAAAUGAUCAAAAUCAUAGGUAAAAUACAUCUUAUUUUAAUUCUAAGUGAUAACACAUUGAAUUUAUACAUGCAAUAAAGCCCAAUGUACAUUUCCCGCCAAAA